AUGGCAGCUGGCCCUGAUGACGCAAGUCUUCUGGCAGAAGCCAAGAACCUCGUAAAGACAGAUCCCGCGAAAGCAGAGUCGCUGUAUCAGAAGAUAUUGUCUAAAGGUGUAGGGUCUACUGAAGCUGCCUCGCGCGAUUAUGAAGCUGCUCUUGUUGGGUUGGGGGAGCUGUAUCGGGAUGAGAGAAAACCAACUGAACUUGCGCAGCUCCUUAAAACCAGCACAUCAGCUUUCUCCUCCUUUGCCAAAGCAAAGUCCGCCAAAUUAGUCCGACAACUUCUUGAUUUCUUUUCUGCCAUCCCUAAUACCCUUGACAUCCAGAUACAAGUCAUCAAGUCCUGUAUAGAAUGGGCAGUAUCGGAACGACGAUCGUUCCUCCGCCAGAACCUCGAGACACGGCUUGUCACCAUAUACAUGCAAAAGCAAUCAUACUACGAUGCCCUCACGUUAAUCAACUCCCUCCUCCGCGAACUCAAACGCCUGGAUGACAAGCUCGUGCUGGUGGAAGUCCAACUCCUGGAAUCCCGCGUCUACCACGCUCUAGGGAACCAACCAAAAGCCCGUGCCGCAUUGACCUCAGCCAGAACCUCAGCAGCGUCCGUCUACACCCCGCCGCUCCUGCAAGCGGGUCUAGACAUGCAGAGCGGCAUGCUCCACGCAGAAGACAAAGACUUCACCACCGCCUUCUCCUAUUUUAUCGAGGCGCUGGAAGGCUACCACUCUCAAGAGGAAACAAGCAAAGCCACCUCCGCCCUGCAAUAUAUGCUCCUAUGCAAAAUCAUGCUCAAUGCUGUCAAUGAUGUUAACUCCUUACUUGCCUCCAAGCAAGCCCUGCGAUAUGCCGGCACGAGCCUCGAGGCCAUGAAAGCCGUUGCCCGCGCACACUCCAACCGCUCGCUGGAAGAGUACGAGAAAGCGCUGAAUGACUAUCGAUAUGAACUGGGCAGUGACGUGUUUAUCCGCAACCACCUCCGGCGCCUUUACGAUGCCAUGUUGGAACAGAACCUGAUUAAAGUCAUUGAGCCCUUUAGUAGGGUGGAGAUCGACCAUAUUGCCAAGAUGGUCGGGUUGGAUACACAGCAGGUGGAGAAGAAACUGUCACAGAUGAUUUUGGAUAAGGUCAUUAUAGGCGUGCUGGAUCAGGGGGCCGGUUGUCUAAUUGUCUUCGAUGAGGUGGAGAGAGACCAGGGUUAUGAUGCUGCACUCGAGACGCUGGAGAAACUUGGGAAUGUUGUGGAUGUUUUGUACACUAAUCAGGCGUCGAUGCUUGAGUAG